ACGUCAUCGUUACAAAUGGCCGACGUUGUAAACAAGGCAGAGGAAUACAAGUUUUAGUUCGCUAGCUAGCUAGCUACAUGUUUACCACACAAAAAAAAUGAAUAGCAUAGACUGCGAACGUUUGGACAGCUUGGACGGCUGGGUCGCCAUCAAAACGAACAUAUUCGAAGAAAACGAGACGUUCAAACUCGGUUUUAUCGUUCAGUGGAAUGUGAUCGAGUCCAAGUUCGCGGUCACCUGUCACAACAGAACUCUCCAGCGACAGAAGCGCAAAGACCAGCUUGCUGUCUGCGAAACCGAAACCAGCUGGGCCGGACUCUUCUCUGUUAACGACUUAAAAAAUGUCCACCGUCAGUUUACAGGGGUCGGGGAUGUCGUCGCACCCUAUUUCCCCGACCUGUCGGACUUCAAGGAGGGUAACAUUUGGGACAUGAUCUUUCUCGGUAGCAAUCGGACGUUCAACCAAGAUGAUCAAGAGAGAGAUCUGGAUACACCUUGCCGUCAGCUGGAGAAGUACUUCAGCACUGCGAUCGAUAUCUGUGGCAGGAAGAUAGUGCUAGACUCGCUUUUCCCGCAGGACGAGCGAGAUGUCGAGGAGUACUUUGAGAACAUGCAGGAGUUCAAGAGGAAAACCAUGCAGGAUGAGGUCACCAGGGCUAAGGAUCACCUUAGAAAGAUCCUUCAGAGUCAUGGAGGUGCAGACAGAAUGAUUCUACUGCUACAGAUCUACCACGAGGAGGACUUAGCCUACCAGGACCUGGUCACCGUAGCAACCACCUUCUACCAGUACCUGCUGCAACCCUUCAGAGACAUGAGAGAACUGGCAGGGCUCUACAAGAUGGAGAUACUGAAGUCUCUGGAUGAGGAGGAGUUGGGUCCUAAGAGGAUAGCAGCACUGGAGAGAGAGGCAGAGGAGUGGAGGAGGAGAGGAGAGGAUGCAGUCUCCUCCAUACAGGACAUCACAGUCAGCUACUUCAUAGAAACAUCCAAAGCCCUUGGAGGUAUGCUACGUGUGAUGGGGGAGGAUAAGCGUGGUUUUGGUCAGGCCUCCUGGGCCUCAGCAGCUCCUAGACUGGAGAAGCUGCGUUUCCUGCUGGCUAAAGAGACCCUGCAACACAUGAGAGCAACUGAGAUGUGUCUGCACCGCAAGAAACACACCAUCAGAGAGAAGAUGGGAGGUCUGUCUGGCCAGGACCAGAGGGGACCAGAGACGGUAGAUAACCUAGAGAUGCAGUACUAUGAGGCUCAGCUAGAACUCUACGAUGCCAAGUUUGAGAUCCUCAAGAACGAAGAGCUCCUAUUGGUCGCUCAGAUCGACACCCUGCGACGCCAGAUGAAAGAGCUGAAAGAGGAGGUGGUGUAUUAUGAUGUGUGUGAGGAUCCAGAGGAGCUCCAAAGCCUAUCACAGACAGCUGCACCUUUAGACCCCACCCACUCACCUGUCAAUCACCUGGGGCGACGCCUACAGCAGCUGGAAGCCAAGAGAGGGAACAUAUGUGCCCGCCGCGCAUACCUCCGCAACAAGAAGGAUCAGUGUGUGGAGGCUAACGAGCAGAAGCACCGUCUGGCCCAGCACAGCUCCACUCACUUUACCCAGCACCACGGAGUAGCCCUGAAGAGAGAGAAGAGGAGAGAGGAUGAAGAGAGGAGGAAGGAGUGGAUGGACCAGGAGAGAGAGAGAACCCUGAGCAGACUCCGCUCCUUCAGAGAGAAGCGACAGGGAAGUUACGUCCUGAAGACUCCACGAUCCAAGAUGGCUGCCAGGGAGCCGCAGUGUUCCGACCUCCCCCAGCCUCUGUCAAUCGUUAGCAUCGGCCCCUCCUCUUCAUCUAAUGGGGCCGCCCCCAGAAAGACCCCCAGGAAACUCAAACCUAAAGACAUCCCCGUCCAAAUCUUCACUCCUCCUCUCCCUCCUCCUUCGCCUCUGCCAACUACACCUCCCACUACAGCUGUACCCCCACCUCAGACCUCCUCUCCUCCUCCCCCUCCUCCUCCUCCUCCUCCCCUACCCCCACCUCCUCCCCCUCCACCCCUCCCUGCCCUCACCCCCUGUAAGACAGAGGUAGGGGACUCCCCUAUGCCUCUCAGUGAGAGAGAGGCUGCACCCUUCCCUGCCAAAAUGACCCUGAAGCAGAACCUAGGUUCUAUGGACGAGGUGUUGGCAUCAUUACAGCGUGGUCAGGUCAGGCUGCGUCGUGUCCAGCCCCUUGCCCCUCCUGGUCCCGGCCUGGCGCCCUCCGGGGGCGACCUCAGGGAUAACAUAAUGUCUGCCAUCAGACUUGGGGUCAAACUACGCAAGGUGGUCCCAGCGGUGCCCCUGCCCCAGGACAGCAGGGACACGGAUCUACAGAGGAGCAUCAAGGCAGCCAUGCAGAGGAUGAAGAAGGUCUCCUCCGACUCGGAUGAUGAAGAUGAGGAGAGAGGAGGGGACAACACGCCCUCGGCUGAGUGGGACAGCUGAGAGGAGACGUAUGCACGGACAGACAGACACUCGGACGCGCACGGACACAUCCAUAAAACAGCCGUUGUGUGUGUGUGUGUGUGUGUGUCUAUACAGCGGGGAGAAGAUGUAGAUAUACUUAUGUCAUGCAAUAAAAUGCAAAUGAAUUACUUAAAAAUCAUACAAUGUGAUAUUUGUUUUAGAUUCCGUCUCUCACAGUUGAAGUGCACCUAUGAUAAAAAAAUUACAGACCUCUACAUGCUUUGUAAGUAGGAAAACCUGCAAAAUCAGCAGUGGAUCAAAUACUUGUUCUCCCCACUGUAUAGACACACACACACACGUACUAAUCAAUAGGUUAACUAUGUUGCCAAUGGUUUAGUCGUGUGAUUAUGCAGGUUUACUGUUUGACGUAAAACUUGAUCCAUAGAGAAGAGAUCGUAUCUUAAACACCCUGUAAAUGUUUAACUAAAGCACUGUGCCCAAAUAUCCACCACCUGUUACCACGGUUCAAGGCUACAGCCUCUUUUUCACCAAGCUUUGAAACUAGCUGUUAUCUGGCUAAAAAGCUCCCACCGAUUCCAGAUUUUCAUGAAUUCUUGUUUGUACGCUUGUCUAGUCUUCCGUUUGCAAACAAGCCUGAGGACUUGAGUGAGUGUGAGAGUGAGAGAGAGAGAGACCUAGAAAUAGAAUGGAAUAGAUUGUAUCUAUGGUUGCAGGCCCCUGCAGCGUGUUCAAAUAGAACAGGUGGUAGACCUUACCGUGUAACGCGGUUCAGUUUGUCAUCAUGUUACACUACAAUCUCCCUUAAUGUUUUGUUUGUCUAGCGCCAGUUGGAACUGGUGUCCGCCCUGCAUAGCAUAACUGACAAACCAUUGAAGGUGAAAUCAUUUAUCUGUUUGUUUCUGCUUCAUGCUUUUAUCUACGAAUGAACAGGAGCUCGUGUUGCCAACUCCGGCACAUUUACUUUGAUGAGGAAAAAUGAAAUGUUGACGACUGUGCAGUCUGUGUCCUACAACGCCAUAUUAAUCGCCGUGACGAUAAAAUAACCCUUUAAGUAUGACCUCUGCCCUUCAUGAACAGAAUAGAGCUUUACCCAGUUUACCACCAUGAACUAAAACAGUAGGAUGAAGUUGACCCCUGUAGGCACAACAGUCCCUAGGAUCAGCCUCCUCUCUCCCCCCCAAUCCCAACCUUUAACCAUUAGGGGGAAUAAUCUAAAACUGGCCUUGGGUCAGUGUCUAGGGGGCCCAACUUCACCCUAGUAUUUCUAAUGAUGCUACGUUAUUACAUGGCACUUGGUUUGACCGGGUUGUCAUGGAGAUGCAAAAGGCCGUGUUCCAGACUGCCCUGCAAAAGCAGCGUCUUUUAGACAAAUGAACCAAAUCAAAUCAAUUUAUUUAUAUAGCCCUUCGUACAUCAGCUGAUAUCUCAAAGUGCUGUACAGAAACCCAGCCUAAAACCCCAAACAGCAAGCAAUGCAGGUGUAGAAGCACGGUGGCUAGGAAAAACUCCCUAGAAAGGAGUGAUUGACUAUGUAAGAUUUGGUGCGCGACUGCGAUGUAGGUGGCCUGGAACAUGGCCAGAUGUAUGAACGAGUGCCAGUGCACUGAUUUUAAUUAUUUUAUUGUAAACUGUCAAACCCAGUUUCCAUUCGACUGGUAAGUGUUAUUUUAAAGAGAGAACGUUGUGUCAUUAUGCUCAAGUGCCUUGGGGACCUGUAAGUUAUUACGAGCUGUCGUUCACCAAUAAACUGUUGUUGAGUAAGGUU